GUAGAAUAAGCUCCUGCUUUAUCCGCAUGGACUGGCAGACUCUAGUUGACAAGCUUGUGAGAGCAACAUGAGCUGGAGCUUUCUCACUCGUCUCCUGGAAGAGAUCCACAACCACUCCACCUUCGUGGGCAAAGUGUGGCUGACGGUGCUCAUCAUCUUCCGCAUCGUGCUCACGGCGGUCGGAGGCGAGUCCAUCUACUCGGACGAGCAGACCAAGUUCACCUGCAACACCAAGCAGCCGGGCUGCGACAACGUGUGCUACGAUGCGUUCGCCCCGCUGUCGCACGUCCGCUUCUGGGUCUUCCAGAUCAUCAUGAUCUCCACCCCCUCCAUCAUGUACAUGGGCUACGCCAUCCACAAGAUAGCGCGCACCACGGAGGAGGAUCGCAGGAAGCACCGCCGGCUGCGCCAAAAGCCUCGUCCUCACUCCAGGUGGAGGGAGAGCCACCGUCUGGAGGACGUCAUGGAGGAGGACGAGGACGACGACGCCGAGCCCAUGAUCUACGAGGACGCGCUGGAGGCGCGGGAGGCCAAGCCCGAGCCGGCGACGGGCACCGGGAAAGACCCGCCGAAGCACGACGGCCGCCGGAGAAUAAUGCAAGAAGGCCUGAUGAGAAUCUACGUUCUGCAGCUCAUGUCGCGAGCUAUUUUUGAAAUCGCUUUCCUGGCGGGACAGUACCUCCUCUACGGCUUCCGGGUCAAUCCGUCAUACGUGUGCAACAGAGUUCCCUGUCCCCACCGAGUGGACUGUUUCAUCUCCAGGCCCACGGAGAAGACUAUCUUCCUCCUCAUCAUGUACGUGGUGAGCUGCCUUUGCCUGGUGCUGAACGUGUGCGAGAUGCUCCACUUGGGAAUCGGCACUUUUCGGGACACCCUGCGCGCGAAGAGGAACCGGGGCCGCCGGAUGUCCUACGGCUACCCGUUUUCUCGAAACAUCCCGGCGUCUCCUCCGGGUUACAACCUCGUGAUGAAGACGGACAAACCCGGCAGGAUCCCCAACAGCCUCAUCACCCACGAGCAGAACAUGGCCAACGUGGCCCAGGAGGAGCAGCAGUGCACCAGCCCGGAUGAGAACAUCCCGUCGGAUCUGGCGAGCCUCCACCGGCACCUGCGGGUGGCCCAGGAGCAGCUGGACAUGGCCUUUCAGACGUACCAAACCAAAACCAACGAGCAGACAUCCAGAACCAGCAGUCCGGUGUCCGGAGGCACGAUGGCGGAACAAAACCGAGUCAACACGGUCCAAGAGAAGCAAGGAGCGAGGCCGAAAUCAGCCACGGAGAAGGCGGCCGCCAUUGUGAAAAAUGGAAAGACCUCUGUCUGGAUCUAG